GCGCUGAUUGGGUGGUUUGAAAUGCGCCGGGCGCGAGCUCACCUGCGCCGGCAGCGGCGUCUCCCGGCUUUACGGAGCGCCGCGCCUGAAAGGCAGAGUCUGUGUUCCCGAGGCCGGUCUCUACGGUCCGCCGUCCUCGCCAGCCCGCCCGACCGAGCCCGGCGUUCCGUGCUCGCAUCCGGGCAGCGUCGAGCCUGCUGCCAUGAAGCCAGCGAGGACUAAGACACCCAGGAAACCACCAGUGAAAAAGGGAGCCCAAACAACUCUUAAAGACCCAGUGGGGGUAUACUGUAGGGUACGCCCACUGAGCCUUCUUGAUCAAGAGUGUUGCAUAGAAGUGAUCAAUAAUACAACAGUUCAGCUUCAUACUCCUGAAGGUUAUAGACUCAACCGAAAUGGAGACUAUAAGGAGACUCAGUAUUCAUUUAAGCAAGUAUUUGGCACUCAUACCACCCAAAAAGAGCUCUUUGAUGUUGUGGCUAAUCCCUUGGUAGAUGACCUCAUUCAUGGCAAAAAUGGUCUCCUUUUUACAUAUGGUGUGACGGGAAGUGGAAAAACUCACACUAUGACUGGUUCUCCAGGGGAAGGAGGACUCCUUCCUCGCUGUUUGGACAUGAUCUUUAACAGUAUAGGGUCGUUUCAAGCUAAACGAUAUGUUUUUAAAUCUAAUGAUAGGAAUAGCAUGGAUAUACAGUGUGAAGUUGAUGCCUUAUUAGAGCGACAGAAAAGAGAAGCCACGCCCAACCCCAAGACCCCCUCUAGCAAACGACAAGUGGAUCCAGAGUUUGUAGAUAUGAUAAAUGUACAAGAAUUUUGCAAAGCAGAAGAGGUCGAUGAAGAUAGUGUCUAUGGUGUAUUUGUCUCUUAUAUUGAAAUAUAUAAUAAUUACAUAUAUGAUCUAUUGGAAGAGGUGCCGUUUGAUCCCAUAAAGCCUAAGUGGAACAGUUGCAGCACACCCAUGAGGAACACUGAGUUUGUGCCUCCACAAUCUAAAUUGCUUCGUGAAGAUAAGAACCAUAACAUGUAUGUUGCUGGAUGUACAGAGGUAGAAGUGAAAUCUACUGAGGAGGCCUUUGAAGUUUUCUGGAGAGGCCAGAAAAAGCGACGUAUUGCUAACACACAUUUGAAUCGUGAGUCCAGCCGUUCCCAUAGUGUGUUCAACAUUAAAUUAGUUCAGGCUCCCUUGGAUGCAGAUGGAGACAAUGUCUUACAGGAAAAAGAACAAAUCACCAUAAGCCAGUUAUCCUUAGUAGAUCUUGCUGGCAGUGAAAGAACUAACCGGACAAAAGCAGAAGGGAACAGAUUACGUGAAGCUGGGAACAUUAACCAGUCACUAAUGACGCUAAGAACGUGUAUGGAGGUGCUGAGAGAGAACCAAAUGUAUGGAACUAACAAGAUGGUUCCAUAUCGAGAUUCAAAGUUAACCCAUCUGUUCAAGAACUACUUUGACGGGGAAGGGAAAGUACGCAUGAUCGUGUGUGUGAAUCCAAAGGCUGAAGAUUAUGAAGAAAGCUUGCAAGUCAUGAGAUUUGCAGAAGUGACCCAAGAAGUUGAAGUAGCAAGACCAAUUGACAGGCCAAUAUGUGGUUUGACACCGGGAAGGCGAUACAGAAACCAGGCCCGGGGAGGCCCUGUUGGAGACGAACCGCUGGUUUCAGAAAUGGUCUUACAAAGUUUUCCACCUUUGCCACCCUGCGAAAUUUUGAAUAUCAACGAUGAGCAGACGCUUCCCAGGCUGAUCGAGGCUUUAGAGAAACGCCAUCAGCUACGACAAAUGAUGACUGAUGAGUUUAACAAACAAGCUAUUACUUUUAAAGCUUUGUUGCAAGAAUUUGACAAUGCAGUUUUAAAUAAAGAAAACUACAUUCAAGGAAAACUAAAUGAAAAAGAAAAGGUGAUCUCAGGACAAAAAUUAGAAAUAGAACGACUGGAGAAGAAAAACAAAACUUUAGAAUACAAGAUUGAGAUUUUAGAGAAAACAACAACUAUCUAUGAGGAAGAUAAGCGCAGUCUGCAACAGGAGCUUGAAACCCAGAACCAGAAACUUCAGCGACAAUUUUCUGACAAACGCAGACUAGAAGCCAGGUUGCAAGGCAUGAUGACAGAAACAACCAUGAAGUGGGAGAAAGAAUGCGAGCGCCGAGUGGCAGCCAAACAGCUGGAGAUGCAAAAUAAGCUCUGGGUGAAAGAUGAAAAACUGAAACAACUGAAGGCUAUUGUUACUGAACCCAGAACUGAAAAGCCAGAGAGACCCUCUCGGGAACGGGAUCGAGAAAAAGUUACUCAGAGAUCUGUUUCUCCACCGCCAGUACCUCUUCCUAGUAACUAUAUUGCUCAGAUUUCCAACGGCCAGCAACUCAUGAGCCAGCCGCAGCUACAUAGGCGCUCUAACUCUUGCAGCAGCAUUUCUGUAGCUUCCUGUAUUUCGGAAUGGGAGCAGAAAAUUCCUCCGUACAACACACCUCUCAAUGUCUCAUCUAUUGCAAGGCGUAGGCAGCAGGAGCCAGGACAAAGUAAAACUUGUAUCGUGUCAGACAGAAGGCGAGGGAUGUACUGGACUGAAGGCAGGGAGGUGGUUCCUUCAUUCAGAAAUGAGAUAGAAAUAGAAGAGGAUCAUUGCAGCAGGAACGCACCACCAAUUCGUCUGCGACACAGACGAUCUCGCUCUGCAGGAGACAGAUGGGUAGAUCAUAAGCCUGCCUCUAACGUGCAAACUGAGACAGUCAUGCAGCCACAUGUCCCUCAUGCCAUCACUGUAUCUGUUGCAAAUGAAAAGGCACUAGCUAAGUGUGAGAAGUACAUGCUGACCCACCAGGAACUAGCCUCCGAUGGGGAGAUUGAAACUAAGCUAAUUAAGGGUGAUGUUUAUAAAACAAGGGGUGGCGGACAGUCCGUCCAGUUUACUGAUAUUGAGACUUUAAAACAAGAAUCACCAACUGGUCGAAAACGAAGGUCUUCCACAGCAGCACCUGCCCAACCAGAUGGAACAGAGUCUGAAUGGACUGAUGUAGAAACAAGGUGUUCUGUGGCUGUGGAGAUGAGAGCAGGAUCUCAGCUGGGGCCUGGGUAUCAGCACCAUGCACAGCCCAAGCGCAAGAAGCCAUGAAUUGACAGUCUCAGUAAAGAAAAAACAUUUUCAUUUGUGUUGGUGAUUUCUCCAAAGCCAUGUCAGAAGCUGUCUUCUGAGUCACCCUGUAAGAACUCCAGCUUUGCUGAAUCACAGACCUCUCAGAUCCAUCAUACACUGGCCUACAAAGAUUCCCCCAUGGCUCCAAAGAUAUCUAGGAUUUAACAAACUUUUUAUAUUCUAUGCCUUACCAUAUUUAAUAUUAAUGGAGAAAGAUCCCCUUUUCUUAUUGCCGUAUGAACUUUUAUAUAAUGCUAUUUUUUUGUAUAUUUCUUGUGUACUUAUAAACUAAUUCAUGCAUGUGUUUAUCUUGGCUGAUUAAGGAAGAAUAUAUCUAGAUCACGCUCUAUUUUUUAUUGUGACUUUUCCACCUCUUGUCUGAAUAUUUCUUAAGGUUUAUAAACAAAUGCUGCUAUUGAUUAGCUGCAAGAAUGCACUUUAGACAUAAAAUUGACAAUUCAAACUUCCAAAAUAAAGAUGUCAGAGACUGGCCAAUACUAAAACCAUUUUAGGAAGUUGUUUCGGAUUUUAUACGUGUAUACUUUGACAUUUAGAUAUUCCGAAAGAACUAAAAUAAAAAGCACUAAGACAAA